CUACCAUUUUCAUGUGAAAUGUUGAAUACUGCUUAAGUCGGUGCUAGGGGCGUGGAUGUUAACUUUCACUUUCCAGUACUGCCCAUGAACAGGCUCAAUCAAACCGAGCCUACAACAUUUUCAAUUUUGACGAUUUGUGCUUUCUUUAGGGGUUCUAUGUCACUCUGUUCUAUGUAAGAAAAAAUAAAUGCGUUUAAAUGUCUCCCCCACCUUAUAUGACACAUGUCGCUUAUGUUUUGAAAGCAAUAACAUGAUGUCUUGUAACAUCUGGACAAUUCACUCCUUAUUGAUCUUACAUUACAAUAUCUUACACAGAAAUACUGUCAGUUUAUUUCUUAGUCAUACGAACGGAUUUAUUAUUCUAUAACAAUUUUCUCGGAUGAUAUAAUAUGAUUAAAACAUUGUUUUGGAGUUUAGUGCUCUUUUGGCUCAUAAGACCGGUGCUGACACUAAUUACACUUGACGAGUCAUGCGGGGUAUCUAGAGGAUGUUACCAUGACUGUACGUCCACCGGAUGUAGUUUUCUAAUCACGUGGUUUUAUAGACCGGAAGUAGACGCCAUUGCGUUCACUAUGAAGAAAAAGUUUGAUGAUAUUUAUCAUCAACAAUGGUUUGCAAUGGGAUUUUCAAAUGAUGAACUUAUGGGAGAAGACAGUGUUAUAGAAUGCACAACUGACCCGGAUAUACGUAUAUGGGCAUUUGUCAAACAUUCAUAUAACGACAACCAUUACAAUGUAGAGAUAAGUCACCCGAAGUUAGGUUUGCGAGAAAUGGCAGGAUCUACAAUUGACGGCAUACAGACGUGUAACUUCACCAGACUGAUGCAUGUAGAAGGUUUUGAUAGAAUAUUUAACCUUGAUCAACCUUGGUAUCUGUUAGUAACCAGUGGAUUCGUAGAUCAUGGUUCGAAGCUUAAACACAAAUUAUAUCCGAAUGGACCAUUUAUAUCACCCUACAAGAUAGACUUUCAGCAGGUUGAUAAUGUGACAGGAACGAAAGUAAACCAUUUGGUUAAAAUACAUGGAUGCUUGAUGGUAUUUGCCUGGAUGAUUUUGGCAAGUGGGUCCAUUAUUCUGGCACGUUAUUACAAACACCAAUGGCCCGAGGGUCGGGCAUGUGGCCGUAGGAUAUGGUACCAGGUUCAUAAAAUCGUUAUGCUGCUUGUUGUGGUAUGUGUAGUGGCAUCAUUCAUAGUCAUCUGGGUCCAUACAAAGGGCUAUGCAAAGUUAAAGGGAGCCAACGCUAUCCAGAAAGCUCAUCCUACACUUGGUAUAAUAGUAAUGGGACUCACGAUUAUAAAUCCAAUCAUGGCGUUCAUACGUCCGAGGUCUGAUACAGCUACAAGACCAAUGUUUAAAUAUGUGCAUGGUUUUGUCGGUACCACAGUGUACGUUAUUGCUAUUCUGAAUUGCAUACUUGGAACUACUUUGCCCAAGGUCCACGUCCCUUCUUAUACAAUGUGGAUCAUGGUAGGGUUUGCCAUAUACCAACUAGUGUUUGAACUCCUGAUGGAGACAUACGAGUGUUUUCUCAUUAAAACAGGUCGAAAAUCUGACUACGAGAUAAGAGAACUGUCCGCUAUCCGCCGGAACUCUAUCACAAAAAUACCAUCCCCACCCGGAUCUAUAUUGAAGAACAUACUGAUAGUAUUUCACGUUUUGAUUUUAUUUGGAUUUGGUAUUACAAGCAUAUUGCUUAUUGCAAUGUGACGACGAAAAUCAAACUCAAUGUCUUUAAGAGAAUAGACGAAAAGGUUAGGAAUCUCUUCAGCCGAGUGUAACUUCGCAAUGAAGAUUCGGUUAGAUAAGCCACGGACGACAACUCUUAGGAAAAUUUGAAGAAGAAAUAACCUUAGACAUGAAAAAAAUGUGUAAGAUGUAGCGGGUUGAGUUGGUCCAGUCCGAGGCGGGAAUUGAAGUUCAAUUGCUUUAAUUAAAUGAUGCUUUUUCAUAUUAAAGGAAAGAAUCCAAUCUAUUAUUUCCGUCCAAAAAUCUUCCUUAAUAUUUGUUGUGCAUAAAGUAUAAAUUAACAUUUCAUUUUAUAUUUCUCUAGGAGGGAAUCACUAGAAAAUAUAUCCGUAAAUCUUCAAAAAAAAUGAAUUUGAAUCAAUUUAUUUAUUCAUAUAUACUUCUAUUUACAUACAAAUUUCAUGUAUGUUUCUUUUUUCUAACUGAUUUUGAAUUAACAUUAUCAUGUAUCAUAUCAUAUGUUGUGUAUUU